AUGCCACAGCUCGAUCUGGAGUCCCUCUUCUGCGUCGGCGGCGGCGAGUCAAGGUCGACGAAGGUCGCCUGCGAGACCAUCGCGGUCGGAGCCUCCGACGUUGACGUCGCCAACGCCCACGAGCAGUCGCGACGGAUUAUCUGGGCCUGGUCCGGGCGAACCGGCGCGGCGCUGGAGCGGGACGGGUCGACCAAGGGCGGCUCCAACCCCAAGAACGCGGCGGAAGAGACGACGCGUAACAAGGGCCCGUCGAGGGCGCCGAGGAGGUUGGAGUUGGAGGCAAUCGUCGUCGGCGUUCUGCCUGCCGGGAAGAUGGUCGUGCAGCAGCGGCGCUCUCAUGUGGUCGGCCGCGACUGGCGCCGGCCGGCCGCAGGGGCUAGGGUCUUCGCGAGCGAGGCCGUGGGCGUGGAGCCCGUGUCCCCGAAGGUGUCGUGCUUUGGGGCAGUGCGGUCCGAGAGCCGCGCGCCUGCGGCGCGCGAGGAGGAGGAGGAGCGGAGCGGGUGCUGGGCGAGCGUCACCUCCGCGCUUGGUGGCUUUUUGUGCGGCUCUGACUCGGACAACCGUCGGGAAGGUGGAUCUGGGACGAGUGAAUCGAAGCCCGCGGUGUCGGGGUCGCCGACGGUAGACGUUUCAGUCCUGUCGCCCCCGCGGCCGGUUCUGGGACUGGGAGACGUGAAGCCCAUUGCUUCGCGGCGGUGGCCGGAUGGAGAUGGGCGGUGCUUGGUUUGA